AUGGUGAACACCAGGUCUGGAUCAGGAGUUGAUCAGCCACCAGUGCAGCGUCAGAGAAGAGGCAACAACCAGCAACCCAACAACAUGAGUGGAGGCAACAACCAGAACAACGGGCCACCGCCACCACCACUAGCAGGGAUGGAGCAGUUCCUUGCUGCGCAGACACAGCUGUUGACUCAAAUGGCCAAUGCCAUGGCCAAUCUACAAGCUCAAGCGAACCAAGCUCCAGUACCACAGCCGCCACAGAGGGAUCGCCACCGUGACUUCAUGAGUCACAGACCUCCUACUUUCUCCCACUCACCAGAUCCUCUUCACGCCGAUGACUGGCUCAAGACCAUUGAGAAGAUGCUGAACAUAGUUCAGUGUACAGACAGGGAGAAGGUACUGUAUGCUUCAGGUAGAUUGGAAGGAACUACAGCAGACUGGUGGGAUGCUUAUACCGCCGCCCAUGUUGAUCAAAACACCAUCACUUGGGAAGAGUUCAGGACUCAAUUCAGAGAGCACCACAUACCUGAGGGUUUGAUGAAGCUGAAGAGGUUGGAAUUUCUAGCUCUGAAGCAAGGUGGAAUGUCCGUAAGUGAGUAUCGGGACAAGUUCAUCCAGUUGUCCCGCUAUGCCUCCGCAGACGUGGCCACAGAUGGGCAGAAGCAGGACUACUUCAGGCUAGGGUUGGUUGCACCCAUCAGAUAUCAGUUGUUGGUGCACAGGUUUGAAAGUUUCCAGAAACUGGUGGACAAUGCCAUCUCCGUGGAGAAUGCUCGCAAGGAAAUGGGCGAACAGAAGCGGAAGUUCGAGUCACAAGGCCAGUCUAGCAACUCGCGCCCGCGCUUUGGACCUCCACAAGGAAACCAGAUUCGCCCAGGAGGACAUAAUGCCAACUUUGGGCAAAACCAGUAUCAGUACCCGCGCCAAGUUCAGCAGAAUCAACAGAAUCAGCAGUCGGCGCAACGCUUCAACUCCCAGCAGAACCGUCAGAGCACUCCUGUCGGUACCCCCGUGAGGAACAACAACACAGCCCCUACUGGGCCCACCGUGUGUUUCAAGUGUGGUGGACAUGGUCACUAUGCGAACCGUUGCACCAAUCCUCCUCAGAACACUCCUGCUCAGAACAAUGCCAGCGGACAGAGGCAGACUCCGCAGCAGCAGCCCAGGAACAACAAUCAGACCCCGCAGAGCAACAGAGGACAGCAGAGCUACGUCCACGGCAGGGUCAACCACGUGGCUGCAGACACCGCCCAGGAGGCUCAGGACGCUGUAUUCGGUAUGUUCUUAGUCAACUCAGCCCCUGCAUCAGUUUUAUUCGAUUCUGGAGCAUCACAUACUUUUAUAUCUACUCAAUACAUGGCCAAGCACUCCAUACCGCUUUGCACCAUGCCUAGAGCUAUGCUAGUAAACUCACCCGGGGGAAAUAUGAGAUCUAUGUACCAGUGCCAUGGAAUUAAAAUUCAGAUUAUGGGUAGAGAGUUUGAUGCAAGACCUAUAGUUUUGGAUUCGGAUGGAAUUGAUGUUAUCCUUGGGAUGGACUGGUUAACCAAGCACGAUGCUGUCAUUCAAUGUGCCAAGAGAUCAGUGCUCCUUACCAGCCCAGCAGGUGAGAGGUUUGAGUUUGUUGCAACCCCUCCAACACCAGCAGAUUGUACGGUGAAUCAGAUGAAGGCUGCUCUGAUAGAGGACAUCAGGAUAGCAUGUGAGUACUCAGAUGUGUUCCCCGAUGACUUGCCAGGUAUGCCACUUGAAUGUGACAUUGAGUUCAUUAUAGAUCUUUUACCUGGUACUGCACCUAUUGCUAAGAGACCAUAUAGGAUGUCCGCUGGUGAACUAGAAGAACUUAAGAAACAAUUAAAGGAAUUGUUAGAUAAGAAAUUUAUUCGUGCUAGUUCAUCACCAUGGGGAGCACCAGUGUUCUUUGUGGACAAGAAGGAUGGUACACAGAGGAUGUGUGUGGACUACAGGUCAUUAAAUGAAGUUACCAUCAAGAACAAGUAUCUGUUGCCUCGUAUAGAAGAUUUGUUUGAUCAGCUGAGAGGAGCUAAGGUAUUCUCCAAGAUCGAUCUGAGGUCAGGGUAUCACCAGUUGAGGAUAAGACCGUCGGAUAUUCCCAAGACUGCUUUCACUACCAGAUAUGGGUUGUAUGAAUAUACGGUUAUGUCUUUCGGGUUGACCAAUGCACCAGCUUACUUUAUGUACUUGAUGAAUAAGGUAUUUAUGGAGUAUCUCGACAAGUUCGUAGUGGUGUUCAUUGAUGAUAUAUUGGUGUACUCCAAGAAUGAGGAAGAACAUGAGGAACAUUUGAGGCUUGUUUUGCAGAAGCUCAGGGAAAAUCAGUUGUAUGCCAAGUUCAGCAAAUGUGAAUUCUGGUUGAAAGAGGUUUCAUUUCUUGGUCAUGUCAUAAUAGAUGGAGGAAUUGCAGUUGAUCCCAGCAAGGUCAGAGAUGUGUUGAAGUGGGAACCACCUCAGACAGUGUCAGAAAUCCGGAGUUUCUUAGGACUCGCAGGCUACUACAGAAGAUUUAUAUAA